UAUUAUAUCUCAGAGAUACUAAUAAGUAGUAACGUGCACCCAAAUAUUUUUGUUAGUGAGUGAUCAUCAUCAUUCAUCAAAUUCCUUCUUUCUUAUAGACUGACUAGUUAGUAUUAAUUAGUAGCAGCCGGGUGAACCAACUGAUAUUUAGAGAGAUCAAUCAAAUAGAUUGAUGAUGGGCAGCAACAAUGGAUCACCAUCACAGUUUGGGGACACAACGCUGACAAAAGUGUUCGUUGGAGGUCUUGCCUGGGAAACUCCGAAAGACACAUUAAGAGAACACUUCGAAAAAUACGGAGACAUCCUUGAAGCUGUCAUAAUUUCUGAUAAGGUUACCGGCAGAUCCAAAGGGUAUGGAUUUGUAACAUUCAAAGAUGCAGAUUCUGCAAAGAAGGCUUGCGAGGAACCAACUGUGAUCAUCAAUGGUCGACGAGCCAACUGCAAUAUCGCUUCUCUUGGUGCUCGUCGUCCAAGGUCUUCUCCCAUCACUCCUCCUCCUUCUCCUCCUCCUCUUCCAUACACACAAGGAGGAACAAAGAAUAUCCACCGUAGAAAUCAGCAGCAGGUUCAAUGGUAUUAUCCGGUGGUAACACCUACACCUCCUUCCUCAAUAUUCCAUCAUCAUCAUGCCCUUCCUUUCUACGGGUACACGCCCACCUACAUUGCAACAGAUCAUAUGAAUUACAAUUACAAUCAGCAGAAACUGAGCUAUGGAAUGGGUGGGGGCUACGUGUACCCGCCGCCGAGGCAGGCUAUUGUGGGUGCGAUGCCAAUCAUGUACCACCACCCUGCUCCUGUCUACAGAUCAACCGAGGCUAUGGCAAUGGGUGUCCCUCCACCUCAAAUCUUCCACCAAACUCAUCAAUAUCAUUAUGCCCCAUCCAUCACUCCUACUACAGGUACAGUUGGCACGGGUGAAUGCUUCAAAAGGGUAGUGGUCUGAGUCAGAGUCAGAGUCAAAGGAGAGGGACGUGAUCGUGAAUGCACGCAGCUACAUUAUUAUUUCAUCUGUUCUGCAUCUGCAUUCGGAUUCUUUAUUAUUAUUUUUAAUCCUAGGUGUUUCAUUUCAUUCAUCAUAUUCUUUCUUUCAUUAUCUCUCUUAACUUCUCAGCGUGAGCUGUGAAUUGUUUCAUUUCAGUACAAGAAAACAACAAUAUGCCCCAUACAUCUGUAAUAUCUUCAAUCAAUCACCCAUAAUACCUAAUGGGUUUCUUUUCCUCACUUA